AUGGCCACCGAUCAAGAAGCGGGCAAUGCGCUCAAGUUGCAGGGAAACAAGGCUUUUGGCCAACACGACUGGCCUAAUGCCAUCGACUUCUAUAACCAGGCUAUCGAAAAAUAUGACAAGGAUCCCUCCUUCUUCUGCAACCGGGCACAGGCCUACUGGAGACGCGCCCUGGCCAAUGUCGCAAUUUUGAGCUACAAGGAAGCACUGAAGGAUUUCAAGGCAGUGCUCAGACGUGAGCCAGGCAACCAAAGUGCGAAGCUGAGGGCAGCAGAGUGCGAGAAGCUUGUGCGCCGUAUAGAAUUCGAGCGGGCCAUCGAGGUCUCAGACCCACCCUCCGCGUUCGCGGAUUUGGAUAUCGACGCCAUCAAGGUUGAGGAUAAUUACGAUGGUGUGCGCAUUGGAGAUGAGAUGACACAGGAAUUCAUCGAUGAUAUGAUCCAGCGAUUCAAGGAUGGAAAGAAGAUUCACCGCAAGUACGUUUUCCAGAUCAUCAAGGCCGUUAAGGAACUUGUCUACAACGAGCCCACGAUGGUGGAAAUUGGUGUCGAAUCUGGAAAGAAGUUGACUGUCUGUGGUGAUACCCACGGCCAAUACUUCGACCUGCUUGAAAUCUUCCGCCGGAACGGUGCUCCCUCUGAUACCCAUGCUUAUCUCUUCAAUGGUGAUUUCGUCGACCGUGGAUCCUGGUCUUGCGAAAUCGCAUUGCUGCUCUAUGCCUACAAGUGGCUCCGACCUAACGGUUUGUUCCUGAACCGCGGAAACCACGAGACAGAUGAUAUGAAUAAGGUCUACGGAUUCGAAGGUGAAUGCAAGGCUAAGUAUAACGAGCGCGUUUUCAAGGUGUUCUCCGAGUCUUUCUCGGCCCUGCCGCUGGCCACCCUGAUCGGUGAUAAGUACCUUGUUCUUCACGGCGGUCUUUUCUCCGAUGACAAGAUUAAGUUGGAUGAUAUCCGCAAGCUCAACCGCCACAACCAAAGGCAACCCGGCCAAGCAGGUCUCAUGAUGGAGAUGCUUUGGACUGAUCCCCAGGUUGACCCUGGCCGUGGCCCUAGCAAGCGUGGUGUGGGUCUUCAGUUCGGUCCGGAUGUGACCAAGCGUUUCUGUGAGAACAACGGCCUCGAAGCUAUCAUCCGCUCCCACGAAGUUCGCAUGGGAGGUUACGAGGUUGAGCACGAUGGCCGCUGCAUCACUGUCUUCUCCGCCCCCAGAUACUGUGACGCCACAGAAAACAAGGGUGCAUACAUUAACAUUGGCCCCGAACUCAAGCUGGCUUAUGAAGUGUUCGAGGCUGUGCCGCACCCCGAUAUCAAGCCCAUGACCGGCGCUAUUGACGACCUGCACCGCACAGUCGUAGGCGUCAAUGAGGAUGAGAAAGCCAAUGAGGGCAAGGGCAUCAUUGCCAAUCUGGCUAAGUUGAAGUAUGAGCUUCAACACAACCGACAACUUACCCCGAUUGAGGACGACGGACACCCGGAUAUCGCCUCGUAUAAUAAGGAGCUGGAGCAGCGGGGAAACCCCCAAUGGCACGAUGUGCCUUGGCUCUUCUCCGAGUGCUAUCUCUACCGUCGGAUGGAGUCCCUCUUCGCGCUGUCCAAGCACUGGAAAGGAUAUGACGUUUUCGCCCGCCAGAAGAUGAACACAUUCAAAUCAUCGCGCCCAGCGGUACUGGAACUUGCAGCGAGAUACCGUGAUAUCGUGACAGAGGCAGAAUCAAGCAAAGCAAAGGAAACAAAGUCUGCCGAGGAGGUCGAGGCUGCCGAGAGACUUCUCUUUUCGGAGAUGUGCGAGAUCUGUCUCUGGGGCAAUGCCACCGAUCUAUCUCUCUUGACCUCACUCACCUAUGAAGAUAUCCAGAAGUUGCAGGGCUCCCAAGCACGCAAAGAGUCACAGAAGAACAUCAUUGUCAACGACCUCGAUGCCGCCUUUGAUGCCAUGCAGAAGGCCCGCCGGGAGAAAGGCAAUGGCGAGCGUCGUGUGGACAUCGUCCUCGAUAACUCCGGAUUCGAGCUAUUCGUCGAUCUGAUUCUGGGCGGAUACUUGCUCUCUUCAGGCCUGGCGACUAGCGUUGUGCUUCACCCCAAGCGUUUGCCGUGGUUCGUGUCCGACGUGACACCCAAGGAUUUCUCGGAUCUUCUUAACAGCAUGGUCGACCCGCAAGCAUUUUACACAGCCGCCGACGAGUCAGGCAAGACUUUCCCUCCCCUUUCUGAGAAGGAGGUCUCCGAUGUUCAAUUCCUCUUCAACCAGUGGAGUGAGUUCCACCAAGACGGUAAGCUCAUUCUGCGUCCACAUGCCUUCUGGACUGAGCAAGGUGGCUUCUGGCGUAUGCCUCACGACGCACCAGAGCUAUUCGAGGAUCUGAAGGAGAGUGAACUUGUCUUGUUCAAGGGUGAUCUGAACUACCGGAAGUUGACUAGCGAUGCGGAAUGGGAUCCCACCACCCCAUUCACAGAGGCCAUUGGCCCACUCGGACCCAAGUCUGGUAUCCGCGUGCUGGCUUUCCGCACCUGCAAGGCCGAUGUUGUUGUUGGCCUUCCAGCUGGCGAAGACGAAAAGCUUCGCGCGCUACCUGGUGGCGGUGGCUCCGAGUCUCGGAAGUGGGCUUGGAGUGGAAAGUGGGCUGUUGUCUCACUUUCUGAUGGAAAGGCUUGA